AUGAAGGUCUUGAUUUUCUUAAUGCUCGUCGCUGCGGUCGUCGCAGAAGAAGAGAAAGCCCCCAAAAAGCGCGGUCUUUUUGGCCUCGGCUACGGCUACGGCGACUACGGUCACGGGUUAGACCACGGAUACUACGGACACGAUUUGGGACACCAUGAACACCACACCGUACAUGUCAAAGCUGUCCCAGUUCCAUACCCAGUUCCAAAACCGUACCCAGUUCAUGUUGACCGUCCCUACCCCGUCAAGGUGCCAGUCGACCGACCCUACCCAGUACCAGUUAAGGUUCCAGUUCCCCAGCCGUACCCAGUGAUCAAGACCAAGACGGUUCAUGUCCCAGUCGACAGACCCUACCCAGUACCAGUUAAGGUUCCAGUACCUGCGCCCUACCCCGUAAAAGUACCUGAACCCCAUCCAGUACCAGUUGCCGUCCCACACCCAGUUUACAUCAAAGAAAAGGUCCCAGUUUACGUCCACGGACACGGACACGGACACGACUACGGACACGGUUUCGAGCACGGUUACGGACACCUUUACUAA